CGGGGAUCUGAUGAGCUUCUUUCUUCUGGCAUCAAUAACGGGCCCUUUACCAUGAACAGUUCUACUUCUACAGGUGUGUAUGGCUUUCUUAGAAAUGGCUUCUGAGGAAGCUGCUGUUACUAUGGUGAAUUAUUACACUCCUGUUACUCCUCACCUUCGAAGCCAACCUGUCUAUAUUCAGUAUUCUAAUCACAGAGAACUUAAGACUGACAAUCUUCCUAAUCAAGCUAGAGCCCAAGCUGCACUGCAGGCUGUCAGUGCUGUCCAGUCAGGAAGCUUGGCCCUUCCUGGAGCCCCUUCCAGUGAAGGCCCAGUCCUACCUGGGCAGAGCCCUGUACUUCGAAUAAUUAUUGAAAACCUCUUUUACCCUGUUACUCUGGAAGUUCUUCAUCAGAUAUUUUCUAAAUUUGGCACAGUCCUGAAGAUUAUCACCUUUACAAAGAAUAAUCAGUUUCAGGCAUUGCUUCAGUAUGCUGACCCAGUGAAUGCACAUUAUGCCAAAAUGGCUCUGGAUGGCCAGAAUAUCUAUAAUGCAUGCUGCACCCUGCGUAUUGACUUCUCCAAGCUCACCAGCCUUAAUGUGAAAUAUAAUAAUGACAAAAGCAGAGACUUCACUCGCUUAGACCUUCCUACUGGUGAUGGCCAGCCAUCCCUUGAAUCCCCUAUGGCUGCUGCUUUUGGUGCACCAGGUAUAAUUUCUUCACCAUAUGCAGGGGCUGCAGGAUUUGCCCCAGCCAUUGGAUUUCCUCAAGCUCCAGGUCUCUCAGUCCCAACUGUUCCUGGAGCUCUUGGUCCUCUUGCAAUCACCUCCUCUGCUGUCACUGGAAGGAUGGCCAUUCCUGGAGCUAGUGGUAUACCCGGAAAUUCUGUUCUACUUGUCACCAAUCUCAAUCCUGAUCUUAUUACACCACAUGGACUUUUUAUCCUAUUUGGAGUCUAUGGUGACGUACAUCGAGUGAAGAUUAUGUUUAAUAAGAAAGAAAAUGCCUUGGUUCAGAUGGCAGAUGCAAAUCAAGCUCAGCUAGCAAUGAACCAUCUCAGUGGUCAGAGACUUUACGGAAAAAUACUUCAUGCUACACUGUCCAAACACCAAGCAGUUCAGCUUCCUCGAGAGGGACAAGAAGACCAAGGUCUGACUAAGGAUUUCAGCAAUAGUCCUUUGCAUCACUUUAAAAAGCCUGGCUCUAAAAACUUCCAGAAUAUCUUUCCACCAUCAGCCACUUUGCAUCUUUCCAACAUUCCCCCUUCUGUCACAGUGGAUGAUCUGAAGAAUCUUUUCAUAGAAGCUGGAUGUUCUGUGAAGGCUUUUAAAUUCUUUCAGAAAGAUCGCAAAAUGGCACUCAUCCAGCUGGGAUCUGUGGAAGAAGCGAUCCAGGCUCUCAUUGAGCUUCAUAACCAUGACCUUGGAGAGAAUCACCACCUCAGAGUUUCUUUCUCUAAAUCUACAAUCUGACUUUUCUGUGAAAUUUUCUUCUAAAAUUGGACCAUGAUUUCAGUAAAACGUUCAGACAUAGACUGAAAUAGUUCAAGACCACUUUUCUGCCUCUUUCACACAAAUUUCUUUGAUAUUCAAGUGUAUUUACAAAAUCAAGGGAUGUUCUUUUAUUUUAGUUUUUUUCAUUUUUCUCCCCCUUGCAGUAUGUGAUCAAAGGUUUGUUUUUCCUUUGUACUGUGGUUUCUUUGACAAUAACCUUCAGGAAAAAAUUGUUUUCAAUAAUUUGAUUCCCUAUAUAAAUUAGAUUUCAAGAGGGUAAGCUUCCUUUUAGUUAGAGUCCAAAUCAGCCUUAUACAACAUUUCUAAACUCCUCUG